ACAUGCCCUCAAGGGGCAGCUCCUACACACCAGCAGAGUGCCUCCGUCAGAAAAGGAGGAGUAAGGAGGACGUGUUGAGCAAAGUGCUGCAAUUGUCAGAUCAGGCUGAUAGUGAGCAUAGAGCAUGGAGAGAGACAAUAAACGAGAAAUUAGAAAUGGACUGCCAGGAGAGGAGACAGGAUUAGGAACAGAUAAUAAACUUCAUAGAGGACCCAACAGAAGGACUGAGUGCUCUAUGCCCAGAUCUCUGUGGCUGGGCUGCUCCAGCCUGGCGGACAGCAUGCCCUCGCUGCGAUGCCUGUAUAACCCAGGGACUGGCGCACUCACAGCCUUCCAGAAUUCCUCAGAGAGAGAAGACUGUAAUAAUGGCGAGCCCCCUAGGAAGAUCACGCCAGAGAAGAAUUCACUUAGACAGACCUAUAACAGCUGUGCCAGACUGUGCUUAAACCAAGAAACAGUAUGUCUAGCAAGCACUGCUAUGAAGGCUGAAAAUUGUGUGGCCAAAACAAAACUUGCCAAUGGCACUUCAAGCAUGAUUGUGCCCAAACAAAGGAAGCUGUCCGCAAGCUAUGAGAAAGAGAAGGAGCUGUGCAUCAAGUAUUUUGAACAGUGGUCCGAGUCCGACCAGGUUGAGUUUGUGGAACAUCUCAUCUCCCAGAUGUGUCAUUACCAGCACGGACAUAUCAACUCGUACCUCAAGCCUAUGUUACAGAGGGACUUCAUCACUGCACUGCCAGCUCGGGGGCUGGAUCACAUUGCUGAGAACAUACUGUCGUACCUGGAUGCCAAAUCGCUAUGUGCUGCCGAGCUGGUGUGUAAGGAGUGGUACCGGGUGACGUCCGACGGCAUGCUGUGGAAGAAGCUUAUUGAGCGAAUGGUCAGGACCGACUUGCUGUGGAGAGGGCUGGCAGAGAGGAGAGGCUGGGGACAGUAUCUAUUUAAAAAUAAGCCGCCUGAUGGGAAUGCCCCACCCAACUCCUUCUAUAGAGCACUUUAUCCAAAAAUUAUCCAGGAUAUAGAGACAAUAGAAUCCAACUGGCGGUGUGGCAGGCACAGCUUACAGCGGAUCCACUGCCGGAGUGAAACGAGCAAAGGGGUUUAUUGUUUACAGUACGACGACCAGAAGAUAGUAAGUGGCCUGCGAGACAACACUAUCAAGAUCUGGGAUAAGAAUACAUUGGAAUGCAAGCGAAUUCUGACUGGACACACGGGUUCCGUCUUGUGCCUACAGUAUGACGAGCGGGUGAUCAUUACUGGAUCUUCUGAUUCCACCGUCCGGGUGUGGGACGUCAAUACAGGCGAGAUGCUAAACACGCUGAUUCACCACUGCGAGGCCGUCCUGCACCUGCGCUUUGCCAAUGGCAUGAUGGUGACUUGUUCCAAAGACCGCUCCAUCGCCGUGUGGGACAUGGCGUCCCCCACAGACAUCACCCUGCGGAGGGUCCUGGUCGGACACAGAGCUGCCGUCAACGUCGUGGACUUUGAUGACAAGUAUAUUGUGUCGGCCUCAGGUGACAGGACCAUAAAGGUCUGGAACACUAGCACCUGCGAGUUUGUGCGCACCUUGAACGGCCACAAGCGCGGCAUCGCCUGUCUGCAGUACAGAGAUAGGCUAGUCGUGAGCGGCUCUUCAGAUAACACCAUCAGGGGCGUCCUGGAAGGCCACGAGGAGCUGGUGAGAUGCAUCCGCUUCGAUAACAAGAGGAUAGUCAGCGGGGCGUACGAUGGGAAAAUUAAAGUGUGGGAUCUCGUGGCUGCGCUGGACCCCCGCGCUCCAGCGGGGACCCUGUGUCUGCGGACCCUCGUGGAGCAUUCUGGGAGAGUCUUCCGACUCCAGUUUGACGAGUUCCAGAUCAUCAGCAGCUCACACGACGACACGAUCCUCAUGUGGGACUUCCUGAACGACCCAGCUGCCCAGGCUGCACGGACCCGCUCCCCGUCCAGAACAUACACCUACAUCUCCAGAUAAAGCGCCCCGCACUGGACCGCGCGCGUGCACAGAACUCGUUUAAGCUGCAGUAUUUCAAUGAUCUGCCAAUGCCAGGACAAAGGAACUAUCCCCGUAACCAAUCCUUGCGGAAGAGGGAGGCUCUCGGAUUCGUUUCUGAAACUCAGCUGGCCCGCGGUUGAUCUCGGCAAGGUCUACGCGGCGCAGCUGGCUGCUGAAGUGCUGCUAUGAAGAUGUCUGGUCCUUCAUGAA